AUGGAUAACCAAGAAAUAUCUGCAGAUUCAAUGGAUAUUGGAGAAAGUGUACCUGCGGAAAUGGUGGAGAGUUCUGUAGAAGAUAUUCCUGAAGGUGUUGAAGAUAAACUUGAUAAUCCUGUUCUAAACGAUUGUUCAAUGGAUUUAUCAGAACUAAAUGAUACAGCUCCAAAAGAAGUGGAAAUCACAUCUGAAGAAGUAGAGAUUGCAUCUGAAGAAAAUGAUGAUGAGCCCGCUCAAAGUCAAAAUGUAAGGGACAAAAGAGAAACAGAGAGUAGCAAGAAGAAUCACCAUUUUGAAGAGAUGUCUGAUGAGUAUACACUUGACCAUACUGAUGAGGAAAAAAAUAAGGUAGCCAAGACAUUUGAACCAGAAUCUUCAUGUAAUGAUGAAGAAGAAAGUGCACCAAACUCUAUUCCAACUGCCCAUCAGCCUUUUACUGAAGUUGUUUCAGAGGAUGAAUUUUGUGUAGACGGAAGUGAAUCUGUACUGAAUACUGAAGCAGUUUCAGAUGAUGAAUUUCCUCUGGCAAAUACAAUUGAAAAUUUGGAAACGGAGGAUGUUUCAGAUGAAGAAUUACCAGAAUCUGGUACAAAAAAAAGAAAAGAUGAAGAUGAAAUAAUUUCACAUGAAGGUAGUUCCAAGAAGAAAGCAAAAUUAGAUAAAGAUAAAUCUCCCCAUAAAAGAAGUUCUGAAGAAAGAGAUGACACCUCUGAUAAAGGUAUUCCCUCUACUAAACAUGCUCAUCCGUCUGUCAAGUCAAAAAUUUUACCUGAACUGGAAAAAUACUGGAAAGCAGUGAAUGAUGACCCCACAGAUUUUACUGGUUGGACUUAUUUACUUCAAUAUGUUGACCAAGAAAGUGAUGUAGAAGCUGCAAGAGAAGCUUACGAUGCCUUUUUAGCUCUCUAUCCAUAUUGUUAUGGAUAUUGGCGAAAAUAUGCCGACUAUGAAAAGAGAAAAGGUGAUAAAGACAAAUGCGAAGAAGUUUUUUUACGAGGUUUAAGAGCUAUACCAUUAAGCGUAGAUCUUUGGUUACACUAUCUAAACUUUUGUAAAUUAAGUUAUAAGGACCAAGAGGAUCAUAUACGAGGGGAAUUCGAAAGGGCAAUCGAAAUAUGUGGUUUAGAAUUUAGAUCAGAUAGACUUUGGGACAGUUAUAUAAAAUGGGAAACUGAAGGAAAGCAUCUUCAAAAUGUAUUUGCAAUUUAUGAUCAGCUUCUAAAAAUUCCAACACAAGGCUAUAAAAGUCAUUUCGAAGACUUUGAAGAUUUUGUCAGGUCAAAUCCGCCAAGUAAAAUUCUAAGCGUGGAUGAAUUUCUGUCCCUGAGAUCAGAGGUACUUAUGAAAUUAAAACAGAAGCCGUCUAAGGAAGUUAAUGUGCCACCCUCUGCAGCACCACCAGGUGAUGAUGAAGGUGAACAUGAAGAACCAAGCCCUGCACAUGCUGAUGAAGAAACUACACUAAUAAGAGAUAAAGUAAUAUCAAGUCAGAAAAAGAAAUAUAAAGAUACUGUAACUGCUGUGUUGGCUCGUUGGAACUUUGAGGAGGGAAUCAAAAGACCAUAUUUUCAUGUCAAACCAUUGGAACGUUGUCAGUUAAACACUUGGCGAGAAUACUUAGAUUUUGAAUUAGCUGAAGGUAAUCGUGAAAGAAUAAUUAUUUUGUUCGAGCGAUGCUUAAUUGCUUGUGCCUUAUAUGAAGAGUUUUGGUUAAAGUUUCUGAAGUAUUUAGAAGAGCAGCCUGAUUUAAUUGAGAAAACUCGUGAUGUUUAUGAAAGGGCAUGCUGUAUCCAUCAUCCUAAAAAACCAUUUUUGUCAUUGAGCUGGGCAACAUUUGAAGAAGGUUUAGGUAAUUUUGACAAAGCGAGACAGAUUCUUGCGAGGUUAGAAGAAAGUGUGCCCAAUAUUUUACAUGUAAAUGUCCGUCGUAUAAAUUUAGAAAGAAGAUGUGGAAAUUUUGAGGAAACUGCAAAUUUAUAUGAGAAAUACCUCUCAAACAGCAAGAGCAAAGCAAAUUUCAUAGUUCUUUCCACAAAAUAUGCAAGAUUUUGUUGGAAAAUUCUGAAUGAUCCUUCCAAAGGAAUAAAAGUUUUGAGAAAGGCCAUUGACAAAGAUCCUGAAAAUCCUCGGUUGUAUUCUCAGUUAUUAGAGUUGACUUUGAUGUUACAACCAUUUGAUGAAGAACAAUGUAUAAGCAUAUUCAAUGAAGUCAUUGACAAAGAUUCAAUGGACCUAGAAUAUAAACGUAUUUUUGCUCAACGCAAGCUGGAAUUUCUGGAAGAUUUUGGUUCUUCAGUCCGUACUUUGCAAUUAGCUCAAGUUGAAUAUGGAAAUAUAAUGAAACAGCUAAAAGAAAAAAAGAAAUCAAGUAGCAAGCAUGAUCUUGAUAGGUUAAAACAAGAUGACCUAUCAAAAAGCAAGGGAAAAUCAGAGAACUCAUCAAGCUCAGUCCAAAAUCCACAAAGCCCGUAUUCAGCUACAAACUCUAACUAUAAUCAAUCUGGGAGUACAUAUGGUGUACAAAGUUCUUAUCAAAGUAACAGUGGUCAGUACUCCCAACCAUCAUCAUAUGGUCAACAACCUUUUGGUCAGUAUAACCAAACUGAUCAAAAUUAUUCUGGUUACCAAAACUGGAGUUAUUCCCAAAACACUGGAUAUGGAAAUUAUAACCAAAAUUGGGGAGGAUAUUAUUCCUCUUAUUAG